CGCCUCCUUGUUCACGUGCCACGGCAAAGGGUGAAAUCGUUCACGGGUUCGCGGCGAGCUCCUAGAUAAAAUGCCUCGACGACGGCCAUCAGGAUGAAAACACCGCCUCGUGCCUCCAUCGUCCCGAGGAUCGAUCGAAGAGCCAGACGUGCCGCGAUGAGCCGCCGCACCAGGCGCGGCGACCGGCAGCAGCAGCCGCCAGCUCAUUGCACGACCGUGUCCGACAAUCCCAUCUUCUUUGUGCACGACGGCCUCGACGACGCGCCGGGCGCCGCAGUCGCCAAGCCGCUACCGCUGCCUCCGAGCAGGGCGCACCUGCAGCCUGCGGGCUCGCGGCGGGCAGCCGGUUCCACGUUCGUGGCGAGCCGGCACGGGAGCGGCUGGGUCCUGAGGAGGGUGCACCAACAGGACCCGUUCCUCGCCGCUUACGUGGCCUGCACCAAGAGCGGCGGCGGCGGCAAGGUCGACGCUGCUCCGCCAAAGAGGGAGCAAAAGAAGAAGAACAGGGGCAGAGGCGAUGCUGCUGUCCAGGGGUGCGGCAUUUGGAGCGGUUGGACGGCGGCGGGAGCAAAGUACGCCGGAGCGAUGUCGUGUAAGUACGGCUGCGACGUUGCCACCGCGCAGGGCGACGAUCCUGCCGCGUCCCCGGCGCCCAGGCUGCACCUGUCGCGGCAGCUGGUGGUGAUACCGGCCAGGAAGAGGGCCCUGCAGCCACUGGGGCGGGCGCAGGGCUGAGGGGAGGGUGCUGUACUUGUGUUUUUUUUUUUUUUUUUUUUUUUUACCGGGAGUACUUGUGUUUGUUUCUGGUGCUGUGUAGUGCACCCCACCAUGUACUCCCUCAGUUUCCAAAUAUAAGUCGUUGAAAGUGUAAACUAAACUCCCCCAACAAUUUAUAUUUCGAAACAGAGAUAAUAGUAUAUGACCUAUAAUCAAUGUAACAAUACUACUGCAGUGUG